AAACUCAAAAACCAAUGACAAGGUACUAAUUUUAACAUUGAGUGUUUAUUAAGAAUAUUUACUGCUUUACAUUGAAUUACAUGCGAUUUAUUAUUGUAAAAACCAAUGUCAUUUCGGUUAUGCCUUUAUGCGCAUGUCAAGCGAUAGAGAGAAUUUAAUUAUGGCGUAUACAGUGAAUUAAAUCAAAUUUAUUCAGUCACAGUACCUUAUCAAUUGCGACACAAUUUAUAAAAGCCUCGAACUACUUUUAGCAGUGAUGUUGCGAUAAUAGCUCAAACAUGUAUUGCGGGAUUAAAAAUAUUUAUAUAAUUUUCUAUUACUUUUAUUAAUAUUAAUGAGAUGUUUAUUUUUAUAAUCCUAUUAUUUCUCGGACAACAAAUUGUUGGAAGUUUAGAUGUGAUUAAGCCAUCGGAAAGUUUGCUACAGUACAAUAAAUUGUUGCAUUUGAAGUCAUAUAGAAGAAGUAGUCUAACUUCCCAGCCUUUAGAAACAGUGUAUGUCGUGGUAUAUUAUGAGAGCUUAUGCGAAGAUUCUAGAGACUUCUUUACCACACAACUAACCGCCGCCUACGAAUUGUUAGAACCAUAUUUAGACGUACGUUUAAUACCAUAUGGGAAGGCCACUACGAAAGUUGUCGACUCUCCAGAAUAUUAUACAUUUAGAUGUCAUCAUGGCCCCUUAGAAUGCCAUGGCAAUAAGUUGCAUGCUUGCGCUCUAAAUAUUUUUCCGUCGGAAAAAAAUGCACUUGUAUUUAACUCAUGUCUAAUGGAUUACGAUCAUACUGGCCAAGGCUCGGACGAUAUAGCCGCGGAUAAGUGUGGCAGAGCGUUAGCAUUAAACGUCAAAUCAAUCAAACAAUGUGCGAGCAACGAUACAGGGACUUUCUUGCAUAAUUAUUACGGACAGCGGACGAGGAUGACGAAAUUUUCAUACGUACCACAUAUCCUGAUCAAUGGAGUACGAAGUAAUGGGACCAACUUGAUAGCUGACAUUUGCGCUAUCCUCAAAUCACCUCCCACUGGCUGUAAGAUAUUCAAACCCUAAAUUUCAACUAUCAUUUAACAAGAAUUAUAAGGUCAUUGUUGUUAUCUUUGUUUGUUUCAUAAUGAAGGAAAGUGAUGGCAAUAGUUUUGUAUUGUGUUACGACACAACUCACCGAAAAUAAAGUGUAUAAUCUAUACAACAUUCAAAAUUACUGUACAAAAAUGUCGCUACUAAUUCGAUGACAACAAUUGUAAAAAAAAAUUACAACUAAAUAA